GUUAUGAAAUCUCAUAUUCAGGAAAACAAAUCUGUUCGCCAGAAUAUAAGCAAAUCAUUUUCCGAAGUUGCUUGCUUCCCAAUGGAACACCCGGGAAAGAAAGUGGCUAAAAGGAAAGAAAGUGACGACAGUGGAGUUCCCUUAAAGGAUAUGGAUGACGAUUUUUUACAACAAGUUGACGAAGUUGCCAGAUACUUAUUUAGUCCCGAUCGAUUGGUGAUAAAGCGAUUAAACGGAAAAAUCGUAACUGGCGAACAAUUCAUUGACCUUGCUAUAGAAUAUUCAAAAAUACUAAGCAGCGGAAAAAUGCCGAAAGUGGAAGCUUUUCAUGUGGCCAGCAAAAAAACUGAGAAGAUUAAACAAAUCAAGCAAAUUGAAGUAGAGUCCAUAGCAGCCAUGGAAACGAAGGUUGGUGGCAAGUACAUUGACCCAAAGAAGUUAGGACAACUGCAUGAUGAACGUCUUGCCGAGGCUUUAAAGAAAUUUGACAAAGAUGUUGAAGAUAUCUUCGACGAUGAUGAGAGUAAAACUUACCGAGAGAAAAUGGAAGAUGUUUUUCGACUUGCACAUUUGAGACUAUCAGAAAAAAAUAAAAAACACAAGGGUUCAGUGAAAGUGGAAAUAUGCAAACGUGCAGCUGAUGCAGCACAAGACUACAAAGUUCAACUCGUGAAAAAGUUGGCAGACAAUGUGAAUGAAGAAGACAUGGCAAUAUACGAAAGAGAAUUUAAAAGAUCUCGAUCCAGUUUUGUGCAGUGGGCAAAUCAAACAUUCGAUGUUUCUGUUGUUGGAGAAUGCAUGGACGCAAUACAACGUAUAUUCAUGCAUAAAUUUGAAGAGUUUGAAAGUGAACAAUUGAAACACCAAGAACAAAUGGAACUUAAAUCAAAAGAAAUAAUUGAAAAAGCCAAGGAAAAGUACUUGGAAGAAAUGCAACAGCGAACGUCCGACGGAUAUAAGGAGAAAGAAGAAAUAACCUCUGCUCAUGAGCUAGCGACCGAGAAGGCCAUGGAAGUGGUGAACAACAUGAGUGACGGUAAAGCAUGGGUCGCUAGAUCAUCUCGUAGACGACUUUCCUCUGUAUUUGACAGUGAGUUUAAAAACAUUCGGGUCGAAAAUCAAGCGCGAAAGGCUGAAACAAAAAACGGUGUCCUUCAGUUACGAACAAGUUUAGCGGAAACUUACUUUACAAUUAUGACCGAGACUUUUUACACCACACAGAACAAAGAAACAUACUUGGACGAGCCGAAGCUGGAAAAGAUACACCUUGCGACCAAAACAUCUACACUAAAUGCUUAUGACAGAAGAGUGAGACAAUCUUUUAAAGAAUAUAAACAACAUCUCGAUGCUCUAACAGAGGACAUUGCUGGCCUGUUUGAAAAAGUAAAGGAAAUUAACAGGAGUAACAAGAUUUCAGAGGAACUGGACAAGUUCUGCAAGAUACUGGCAACGGAGUACUUAAACAUGAUAUGUCGGGUUAUGAGCAAACGAUAUGUGGAUUGGGUCAUGGUGACAGAAACACACGAGAUGUUUACACACGCGAUCGAGCUGGAAAUAGAAAAUGUAGUCGAGAACAAGAAUGUACGAGCACAGUGCAUUGCGUUAAGCGAAAAGACACUAAGUGCAAAGUUUGACGAAGCCAAGGCAAGAAGCUCGCUUUGGAAUAAGGACGGAUCACCCGCUCAUUCUGUUGGAGUGUUCGGAAAAAUAGGAAAGAAGCUGGGAUUGUUCGCAGGAAAAUCUCCAACGAAACUACUGUAUCUUGUAAAAGAUCUCAAGUCGAUUGCCCAUCUCAAAGCUUUGGGGUUAGGUGGUGAAUAAAUAACACAGCACGUGUGUACAUUAAUAGGGUGAUUUAUUUAAAUUAAGGUGAUUUACGAUCUAAUGAAAACUGUGUAUUCUUAAAGCUUAUCAUUACCGAUAUGUGUAAAUGUAUUUAUAUAAUCUGUCGUUCAAUGUAAAUUAUGUUGCACCGAAAAACUGUGGCGGGCCUUGUUGGAACUGAUUGUAAUAUUAUACAUAUGAAAUCAUUUUUAAUAUACGGUAACAUCCCUUCAAAAUCACCGCUUAAGCAAUUUAAAGCAGGUGCCAUAACGUUUAAACUUAUACAACACAAGCAGACGGUUGUAUAUCGAGGGGAACUACUGUGUAAAUUGCGACAUAUCAAACAAAUUAAAGCUGAUAACAUUUUG